CUGACAUGGAUUCUUAUAAUAUCUCAAAUGAGCAGCCAUGGUCUGUAUCCAUAUCCAGUGCAGACGCGGUAACCCGCUGGGCUGCGUGGCAGUUCGUUGUCACUGUCCUGCUCGGCCUCAUUGUCUAUGAUCAAGUCAUGUACAUCUGGCGAAAAGGCUCUAUCGCUGGGCCUGCCUUCAAAAUCCCUCUCAUGGGCCCCUUCAUCCAAGCAUUGCACCCCAGGUUCGAGUCCUACUUGGAACAAUGGGCCAGCGGACCGCUCAGCUGUGUAUCAAUCUUCCACAAGUAUGUCUCGACAUCAAGGUCUAUUCAUGUGCUUACCAGCAGAUUCGUCGUCCUCGCAUCCGACCGCGACCUGGCCCACAAAGUCUUCAAAUCACCAACAUACGCCGAACCCUGCAUCGUCCCCAUGGCCAAAGAAAUCCUCGGCCAUAAAGCCUGGGUCUUCCUCCAAGGCAAAGCCCACACCGAGUAUCGCCGCGGCCUCGCCCCUCUCUUCACCAACAGGGCCAUAUCAACCUACCUCCCAGCGCAAGAGCGCGUUCUCGCGCACUACUUUGACAAGUUUGUAUCCGCCAGCGCCGCCAACAACCUCCGCCCCAUGGCCUUCAUGACCCUCUUCCGCGAGAUCAACUGCGCCCUCUCCAUCCGCACCUUCUUCGGUGGAUACAUCUCCCAAGACGCCGUCAAGAAAAUCGCAGACGACUACUACCUCGCCACAGCGGCGCUCGAGCUCGUCAAUGUCCCGCUGUCAAUCUACAUCCCAUACACGAAACCGUGGCUAGGAAAACGCACCGCAGAUGCUGUACACGCUGAAUUCGCCAAAGCCGCCGCCGCUUGCAAAGCCAAUAUGGCAGCCGGCGCUGAACCAUCCUGCAUCGUGGACCACUGGGUGUUACACAUGAUGGAGUCAGCAAGGUACCACGACGCCAUCGCCGCAGGAAAGACAGAUACGCCCAAACCACCAAACCUGAUCCGAGAAUUCACCAACGCCGAAAUCUCCGAAACACUAUUCACCUUCCUCUUCGCAUCGCAGGACGCAAGUUCCAGCGCAACAACGUGGCUCUUCCAGAUCCUCGCUCAGAGACCAGACGUACUCUCCAAACUCCGGCAUGAAAACCUGGCCGCGCGAAACGGAGACAGAUUCAAACCAUUCGACCUGCCCAUGCUCGAGAAUCUACCCUACACCGCCGCAGUAAUUAAAGAACUCCUCCGCCACAGACCACCGGUGAUAUUCGUGCCAUAUCUCGCCACAAAGCCCUUCCCUAUUACAGAUUCUUAUACAGUACCGAAGGGCGCAAUGGUUAUCCCAUCCUGUUACCCCGCUCUACAUGAUCCAGAGGCAUACCCCAACCCUGAUGUAUUUGACCCAGACCGCUGGAUCACAGGGGACGCAGAGAAGCAGACGCGGAAUUGGCUGGUGUUUGGGGCCGGCCCGCAUGAUUGUCUGGCGAGACGGUAUGUGCCUUUGUCGAUGGCGGGGAUGAUUGGCAAGGCGGCGAUGGAGUUGGAUUGGGAGCAUGUUCCUACGGAGAGGUCCGAGGAGAUUAGGGUGUUUGCGACGUUGUUUCCGAUGGAUGGGUGUCAGUUGGUGUUUAGGAAGAAGGAGGGUCUGGUUUAAGGAGUUGUGGAUAUAUAUCUGAUAUCAAUUUCUCGUCUGGUAAUCGCCCUUUAUGGACCAGGCUCUGAUAAUGAGUUUAAACUGCUUCCUAGGUAGCAAUAAUAUCUACUAAUCUAGUGCCUUGUAUAACUAGAGUAAUCUACCAUCUACUCUGAACUCAAUAUUAGGAGACUUACGAU